CGCGGUGUUUCCGGCUGAGUGGGGUUCAGUUCCGUGGUGCUGGGGUGUGAAGAUGGCGGCUCCCUCGGAGUUGUUUUGCUGGAAGGGCGGCUGGGGUUUACCUUCAGUGGAUCCGGACAGUCUCAUUGUUCUGGCUUAUGCACGCUUUGCUGGUGCACCCCUGAAAAUUCACAAGAUCUCCAACCCCUGGAGAAGUCCCACAGGUUGUCUUCCUGCCCUGAAGACCAAAGAUGAGGGAAGCUUCUCACAACCCAACAAGAUCAUCAUUCAGCUCAGGAAACAGAAAUACAAUGCUGAUUAUGACUUGUCAGCUAAAGAAGGAGCGGACACGCUUGCGUUUAUCUCCUUGCUGCAGGAGAUGCUGAUGCCUGCUCUGAUCUACACUCUGUGGGUUGAUCCUAAGAACUAUGUGGAGGUGACACGGCGAUGGCAUGCAGACAACAUCUCCUUUCCCCUCAACUUCUUUCUGCCCAGCCGUAUGCAGCGGCAGCAGCUGGAGAGGGUGCAGCUCAUGAGAGGAAACAGAGCUCUGGAGGCUGGAGAGGAGGCUGAGAAAGAGCUGAACCAUGAUGCUCUGGAGUGCAUGAAUCUUCUGUCUCAGCGUCUGGGCUCUAACAAAUUUUUCUUUGGGGAUUCGCCAUCUUCCCUUGACGCAUAUGUGUUUGGCCACUUGGCUCCUCUUCUGAAGAUCAAGCUGCCCAGCAGCAGUUUGCAGCAGCAUCUGAAGUCUCUGGAGAACCUCGACAGCUUCUGCUGUAACAUCCUGUCCCUGUACUUCCCCAACGAAAGCCGAGAGGGAGUGGGACGGCCAGUGUCCAGCACUCCGGAAGGGAGCGAGUUUGAUAACGAGCCGUAUAAACGGCGCAAGCAGCUGCUGUCGGUCCUGGUGGCCGUGGCAGCCAUGUUGAGCUAUGCCCUCCUCACUGGCAUUGUUGCUAUUGAGCAUGUGCCAGAGGAGGUGCCGAGAGGAGGCAGGACCUCCAUGAGAGCUGUUCACGAGGAAGAGGAGGAGUAGAGGAUGACUGUGUGCACUUGAUUGAUCCAGGUGGGAUGAAAAUCAACUCAAGAUUCAGUACAUGACUGACUUGAGUUUGAUUUGUAAAUUAAACUAGGGCUUUUGUUUGUUUUCUCCAGUAUUUACUGCUCGAUAAUCUUUUUUUUUUUUCCACUUUUUCCAGAGUUGUUUCCUUUUUUCCUUCGUUUGGUGCUACACGUUUUAGUGUAUUCAAGGUUUUACGUUUUUGAACUUAUAAGAGUAUAUCUUAAGGCUCCAAAAUUGCUCUGCACUUUAAGUUGGUUUACAUAUCUCUGUUAUCUGAAAUUAAUUUGUGGACCAAAUAACUACUAAAAAGUGUACUAAGUAAUUUCACCUUGUGCUUUGUGUAAAUGGAGUUGAUCAAUACCUUCUAUUCACAGCACUUGAACAGAAAUCUCUAUAGCCUUGUUCACUGGAAGCUUUACACGUGUUCCUGCUCGUCUUGGCAAUAUUCCUGCCAAAUUCACUCAAUGACUCAACACACAGAUUUUCACCAGGGUAAAUAAUGUCUUCAGUUGUUCUCAUAUGAUGUUAUCUUUAUUGUCAUAUUUUUAAUGUUUGUUCUGAUGACUUUGACGCACAUUGUGUAGGUCAGUGUUUGAAGUAAGAGCUUUAAUCAAAGGGUGUUUUGCCUGGUUGCAACAUGAUUUUUGAUAAACUCAUGUUAUUCGCUAUUUGAAAUAUCCAAAAACAGUUGAGCGUGGCUUAGCAACACAGAUGAUUCCAAAAAUAUUUAUCCAAAUGUAGCUCUCUAAAGCAGCCUGAAAAUGAGGCUCUAUGCUCUUGCUUAAGGACUUUUCAUUUUAAUGCUUUACUUUUCUUUGCUUAGAAUUUCUAACAGGGUAAACCUUGUAUCUUCAUUUUUAAUCUAGCAGAUGUUCUUUGUAUUGUACAAUUACAAUUUCAUGACAAACGGACCAAUAGAAAUACUCCAAAAUUAAGCCUUGUCCACACAAAUCUGGAUACUUCAACAAAAAAAAGAAAAAGAAAGGUUUUUUGGUCUGUACACAAAAACAUCACUAUUGGUCAACUGAGCUCUUUGAAGAGCUUUGAAGAGGUGAAAACCUUUAAAUGUUGUUAUAUGGAUACACAAGGAAUAAAAAUACAACAACUACUUUUUGUGAAAAACAAUGUAUUUGGAUAAAUACUGCUAUAUUACAAAUAAAUUAUGCUAUUUUUAGAUUCAGAGUCCUGCAUAGUAACUACUUAGUGAGUAGUUAUCUUUAUGAGGUACUAUCACUUCAUAAAGAUCUAGCAUGCUCAAGAAAGCUUUUUCACCUCUGUGUGGAUGAAAAUAUUUAUUUUUUUGACUGAAGGAAGGGAAAUCUCAGUUUUUAAAAGUAUCUGGAUAUGUGUGGACAGAGCAUGACCAUAUUUUAUUUUUAUAUCGACUUUCAUUGAGGGCUUGGAAUGUUUUUUCCAGUCUCAGGUAAAGUUCCCCUUUUGAAGCUAUAGGUUUUUUGCAGGACAGCAACAAUAUCCAGGGAGGAAAGUGCACAUGCGUGCACAUAUGUAGGUCAUUUUUAUGUCUAUAGAUAUUUGGUUUGUGAAGUCAGCUCUUUCUGCACUGGUCCUAAAUCUUGCACUUCUGCACCUAUCACACUCUGUCUGUACUGCUAUAGACUGCUAAUGGUAACCUGAAGUAAAUUUCUUUAUCUGUGUCCGUAUCAAAAUCACGUUCAGCAGUGCAUGAAUGAUUCCAGUAUAACCAUAUAACCAUAUAGUCAAAUUAAUUUAAAACAUGGCAUUAUAGCUGGUUGAGGGUGUAGAUAUCUGCAAGGCCUCUUAGUCAGGAUUAAGGAUGCAAGUUUUCGAAGAAGUGAAGAAUUUUUCAACUGAGAGGCUAAUAGAAAAUUCUAGUGCUGAGCUUUAACAGCUUGUUCUCUUAUACUGGUGUUUAUGCUUUGUAAAUAUAUUUGUGGUAAAUUCUGUCUAUUUUCUUAACUUAAAAUAAAUGUGCUUUGAAACCA